AUGCCCCCUAUCUGGUUCCUUAUCUCGUUCGUACCGGGUGUGUACCUCAGUUACAGGAUCUUGAGGACGCUCUUCGCCCUUAUUUGGGCCAUCACAUUGUACAAGAUCAUCCCCAUUUUCUAUGGGACAGCUCUUCAGAAGUAUAAAUCCAGAUGGACAGGUCAGGUUGAGAUCAUUUUGGGAAUUUUAAAUCUCUCUAUAUAGCACGGUACUUAUAAAUUUCAUCGCGCUAGUCCGCGGAUUAAGUCCAAAGUUAAAAGUUCACAAAAAAGGGGGAGGGGAGGAGGAGCCGACAGAGAAAGGAAGAAAUUUUUACAAAGAGAGAAAUUGCGCAACGUUGUGUAAGAUUGCGCAACUUUUAACUUUGGACUAAAUCCGCGGGGUUGUGAUGGACUAGCGCGCUGAAAUUUAUAAGUAACGUGCCAUAUAGGAGAGUCAGACGAGUGUUACAAUUUAAGAACGAAUGAUUACACGCUCGAAAGCAUUGCAAAGCACUUUCAAAUAAUCACUUUCUCUAGGUUAAACCAUUAGAUUCUAAACUUUGGCAAAAAUAAUAAUAUACCAAUUUUAGUUGUAAGCGGAGGAACGGAUGGAAUUGGGAAGGCAUACAUGUUCGAGUUGGCCAAAAAUGGCCUCAAAAAAUUCAUAAUUGUUGGAAGAAAUGAAAAGAAAUUGGCAAUUGUAAAAAAAGAAUUGGGUGAGUUUCUAUACCGUGCAAAAAUCUUUACAAAAAUUAUACCUUUUACAUUUAUAGAAGACGACUAUGAUUGCCAGGUGAUGACAUAUCUCUUUGACUUCUUUGAUGGCGAUUUUAAAGAACUCAGGCAGUAUUUAUCUGAUAAGAACAUUGGAUUUGUUGUUAAUUCAGUCGGCGUUGGACGAAAAUAUCUGGAAAGAUACGGCGAUCGCCCCGAGGCUGAUUAUCAGAUGCUGAAAGUGAAUGGUCUUGGCUCGGCAGAGGUACAAUUCUGUUUAGUCUUUGUUAAAUUCAAUUUUAGUUUAUGUCCUGUGUUCUCCCACCGAUGGAAAAGAACGGCGGAGGGCAGAUGGUUGUUCUCUCUUCAACUCAAGGGAUCCGACCAAUCCCUCUGUUGGCGGCUUAUUCCUCCACCAAAUCUUUGAUCUCCUUCUUGUGUGAAUGUAUUGAUCGAGAAUACAAAACGAUCAAUGUUCAAUGUUUAAUGCCUGCUUUGGUGGCAACGAAUAUGACUUACUACAACGUAAAUACAAAGCCUUAGUUUGAAACGUUUGUUUAGAAAGGCUCCUUGUUUGUUGUUACUCCUGAACAAUUUGCCAAAGAAGCCCUGCGGACAUUGGGUCUUUCAAAAUGUACAAGUGGCUGUUUCAACCACGAACUUCAGGUGGGGACUGCCACUUUUGAUUUCGAAUUUUGUUUUUAGUGCCUUCUAAGACAUUUCUUCCCAUGGGCUCUUCUGAAACACAUGAUGAUGCCCAUCUAUUGGAAACAGCAACAGAGAAUGCUGAAGCUUCAUGGAGAAGAUGGAGCCAUCCGGCCGGAUAUAGAUCCAGUAGAUCUCAAUGGCAAUUCGGAUGCAAAGAAGGCCAGUCCUAAUGGCACCUCUUGCAUCCCCCGGAAGAUCUCAAGAGCUUCAGUGCUCGAAGACAACCGAUCACGGGCUUAA